AUCUGGCGGUCUCGCGGUAGUGGAGCUAACAGGGAGCUAAUGCUAACCCACCGGGAGUCCAGUCAGCCAGCAACCGGGUUUAAGCAGCCGGAGGCGGACACAUGAGCUGCUCCGCGGCCGCUCCCUGACUUCACCGACAUGGAUCCACACACCGCGGAGGACGGUGAGCUGGAGGACGGGGAGAUUUGCGACGAUGAGACGGAAGAGCGGGCGCCUCCGCGACGGGGCGACGGAUACAGGCCCGGCCGCGGCGCUCAUCCCCGGGCACACAAACGACAUCAGCGGCCGCGCGGCGGGCCUCCUCUGCUGGGCCCCCCGCCGCCAGACUUCCCUUCCCGAUGGCCCUACGGCCUCGGUCCCCACGCCCCCUUCCCCCCGAGCCACCGGCAGCAGUGCGGGCCGAGCGGGCCCGAGCGGCCUCCCGCCGUCCCCCCUCCGGCUCCGCUGCUCCCGCCGCCGCCGGAGCUCGGCCCGCACGGAGAGCCGAGCCCGCGGGGCAGCUUCUGGGAGCGGAGCCAUGGAGCCCUGGGCCGGUUCAGACACCGGGUCCUGCCGAACGGGGGCCGCGGGGGCUGGAGCCGGGUGUGGUCGGGGCGGAAACAACCGGAAUCUCCCCGGACGUUACGGGCCCGCAGAGAUCCACGACUCUCCCUCGAGGAAACAGAAGCCCCCGGGAGAACCAGGCCCAGAAGGGGGUCCACAGUGUUCCCAGAGGAGACAGCAGUGUUGAGGAGUCCUUCGAGGACCUCCUGUCCAAGGACAAGCAGAUCCAGCUGAACUGGAGUGCAUCCGCAAGGAGGAGACCAUGGCGCUGGCGCCCACGGCACCGCCCGCCGCAGAAGAUGAGGUGGGGCCGGCGCCGGUCUUCCAGAGGCGCCGCCGGGACCCGAGUCGGGACCUGAACUGGCGGAGAACCUGGUGGAGGUGGACAAAGCAGAGAAAGAAGGUUUCCAGGCGUUCAACAUCAAGCCGCUGCGACAGAAGCUGCCCACGCCGGCCCAGCUGGACCAGCUGCACAGGAAGGGCUCGGAGGCCGGCGAGGGGGCGGGCCUGGAGCCCAGGGCCAGAGCCAAUCACAGAAGAGCCUGAGGACAGAUGUGUGCUCUGCGGGGAACCAGCCACAUCCGCCGGAUCAGAAGCUGAAGUGGAACCGGCCAGAGUCUGGGACCAGAACCUCCCUCAGACCUGCGGGUCGUGCCGAGCGCCGGACCCGGCUCCGGGGUCACCACCAGGUCCGCUGCUGCCGCCGGGAGGAGGAGGACCAGGUCCACGCCCGCCGACCAGGACCACAAGAGCGCAGCCAGGCCGCCUGGCAGAGACGGAUCCAGACCCGGUCCAAGGCCGGGUCCGGUCCAGGAAGACCCGGACCCCAAGAGGCCGGGUCCAGAUGAGCCGGGCGGCUGCGGCUCAGACGGCGGGGCCGAUCCACCAAUCACGGCGGCCGGAGGAGCGGGAGCAGCCGGAGGAGCGGGAGCAGCGGAGGAGGAGCGGGAGCAGCCGGAGGAGCGGGAGCAGCCGGAGGAGCGGGAGCACGGAGGAGCGGAGUCUGAGAGGAGUGAAGGCCGGCCCGACGAGCCGGAGCCGCCGGGGGAGUCCUCGGCUCCAGCGAGGACUCCGGCCCGACCGACAGGAAGGCGGAGGAGGAGGAGCUGUCGGAGCUGCGCAGCCGCCUCCUGGCGCUGCAGUCGGCCAGCAGGAAGUGGCAGCAGAAGGAGCAGCAGGUGAUGAAGAGGAGCAAGGACCGCAUGUCCAGAGCCCCCCGGACAGGAGCCCGGCCCCGCCCCGGCCCCGCCCCGCCAGGUCCAGGGUCACCACCAGAUCCGCCGCCGCCGCCGCGCCGAGAGGAACAGGGCCAAGUCCAAAGCCGCAGACCGAGACCGCACCAAGACCGCACCAGACCCCCGACCGGGACCGGGACAGACCCAGACCGGUCGUCCCCGGGCAAGUCGCACCUCACCAAGACCGUCUCCAGCUCACACCACCAAGCAGCAGGCCGGUGGUGAAGCAGGCGUCAGGAAGCAGCAGCUGAGGACGUGGAAGCUGCAGCAGGACGAGAGACGGAGACAGGAGGAGGACGAGCGGCGCAAACGGGAGGAGGAGAUCCGCGCGCAUCCGAGACCUGUCCAACCAGG